UUUGCAGUUCCAAUUCCUACCAGAUUUAAUAGACGAGUAUCAGUCUGUGCAGAGACCUAUAACCCUGAUGAAGAAGAGGAAGAUAAUGAUCCAAGGGUGGUUCAUCCUAAAACUGAUGAGCAGAGAUGCAGACUUCAGGACGCUUGCAAAGAUAUUCUCCUUUUCAAAAACCUUGAUCAGGAACAGCUUUCUCAAGUUCUCGAUGCCAUGUUUGAAAGGUUAGUCAAAGUGGACGAGCACGUCAUUGACCAAGGAGAUGAUGGAGACAACUUUUAUGUCAUAGAACGGGGAACCUAUGACAUUUUAGUAACAAAAGAUAACCAGACACGAUCUGUUGGUCAGUAUGACAACCGUGGCAGUUUUGGCGAACUGGCUCUGAUGUACAAUACCCCAAGGGCGGCUACCAUUGUUGCCACCUCAGAAGGCUCCCUUUGGGGAUUGGAUCGGGUAACUUUCAGAAGAAUCAUAGUUAAAAACAAUGCAAAAAAGAGGAAGAUGUUUGAAUCAUUUAUUGAGUCUGUGCCACUCCUUAAAUCACUAGAGGUGUCAGAAAGAAUGAAGAUUGUGGAUGUAAUAGGAGAAAAGGUUUAUAAGGAUGGAGAGCGCAUAAUUGCUCAGGGUGACAAGGCUGAUAGUUUUUUCAUCAUAGAAUCUGGCGAAGUGAGCAUUUUGAUAAGAAGCAAGACGAAAACAAGCAAGGAUGCUGGCAGCCAGGAGGUUGAGAUUGCCCGCUGCCAUAAGGGGCAGUACUUUGGAGAGCUUGCACUGGUCACCAACAAACCCAGAGCGGCUUCAGCAUACGCAGUUGGAGAUGUCAAAUGCUUAGUUAUGGAUGUUCAAGCAUUCGAGAGGCUUCUGGGGCCCUGCAUGGACAUCAUGAAGAGGAACAUCUCAAACUACGAGGAGCAGCUGGUGAAGAUGUUUGGCUCCAACAUGGAUCUGGUUGACCCCGGAGAGUAGCCAUGCCACAUUCCCAGAGCCUUCUCAGCGUGACACCAACAUCUUCUGGUCAGCCACAGAACACACACAGAAAAACAGACACGACAGAACUGUUCCUGCUGUUACCAUGGCCGCUGCCAUUGCUGUGGUUACGGGCAUUUAGACAACUUGAAAGUCAGCACUAAAGGAUGGACAAGAGGUUCCACCUCCACCUCCACUUUGCUUCUGAAAAGCCCAUUAGACCACUUGUAAUGAUUACUCCAACCCAGUUUUCACAUCUUUGGUUCAGAAUGGCAUGUCUCUCCAACAAAUUUUAAGUGCCUGAUAAAAAGUCCAAAGUGUAAAACAUCCUCCUUUUCCUCUCUCGCUGCUACUAUUGCUUUUUUGGAAGUUACUCACAGUUCUGCAGAAACCUGUUAAAUAACUUUAGACACCUUCUUCUUCCCAUCUUUCUUAAGGGAGGAACUGUUGUAGCUUUCAAUCUCCUCAUCUGUCUUUUGAGAAAGUCCCACAGUUGGUUCACUGUUGCUGCUUUUGGUUUUGUAAUGGAAAAGGGCAGCACCUGUCAUGGAGGUCCAUGGUCCAGCGUUGUUGUACUGUCUGCUGACAGCUGCACACCUAACAGCUGUCUGUCUCCAAGCCCUCAGUGAUACUUAGCGAAAGACCCUGUUAGAGGGCCCUAGCAAGUCAGUACUCCAGAACAGAUUAAAAAGUCACUAGGGCCCAUGGUAGAGCAGUAAAUUUGGAAUCAGUGCAUUGAGCCAGGAAAGGUUUUCUGGGUUUUGUUUUGGUUUUUUUUCUGUUGUGUUUUAAACAGAUUUUUAUUUUGUUUAAUCUCCAUGUAGUUUGCAUGAACAGAUGUCUGAGGAGCCAACGGUACCAGUUAGCUCAACUGGCUAGAGAACCAAGAAGCCAGGGUCUGGAGGUGUCAAUGCUUUCUCUGACCUAAAUACUUGGCUGCCACUUCUCAGUUCCUAUUGCUGCUUCUGGUUAAGGGCAGUACACUGACAACAGGUUUUGCGACACAGAGAGCCCUUUCCUUCAACUUCUGAGUUCAUUGUUGCAUAGCUUGGCUAUGGAUCAUCCAUUUUUUUCAACUCUUUAAGAAAGUUAUUUUUAAAAAGAAACUAUUGGUCUAGGGCAUUCCCCUUGGACAUAUUAGUAUAUGUGGAGUUUAUCAGCUGACUCAGGCAUUCAUUGUAAAAAUUGAUUUGUUUCAAGAAAUUGGCUUCAUUAG